UGGGGCUGUUUUGGGUUGGGGUUAUUAAGAGGUGUUGUCUGCUUCAUUUUCCACCCACUAAUGGUGUUACACCUCCACUGUGUGUUUUAUUUUCUUGGUAGCACUGAAUGAAAUGGCAAUGAAGAAACCCUACUAUUCAUCAUCAUCAUCAAUAUUAUUUCAUCUUCCGCCAUUAAUAUUAAAAUUAAUAUUAAUAUUGUGUUUCGCCCAAGAAUCAGUUUCCUCCUUAAACAACAACAACAACACGAAUCUUGAAUUCAGACAAGCAGCUGCUGUUGUUAGCAGCUUAAGAUUAGCCAGGAUUCAGAAGCAUCUAGACAACAUCAACAAGCCCCCUCUCUUCACUAUUCAGAGCCCAGAUGGAGAUGUAAUAGAUUGUGUUCAUAAAACUAAACAGCCAGCUUUCGAUCAUCCUCUUCUCAAGUUUCACAAGAUCCAGAGAGUUCCACCGGAAAUGCCGAAGGGGAUGAUGAGAAUGGCGGCGGAAACAGAAUACAGCAGUAGUAAUAGUAGCAGAGGUGUAAGGCAGACGUGGCAUGAGAAGGGGCGGCGCUGCCCCAAGGGCACGGUGCCUGUGCGGCGGAGCACGGUGCAUGAUGUGCUCAGGUCUAAAUCUUUGUAUGAUUUCGGCAAGAAGAGCUCCAGAUACUCUCCGGCGGAGGCGGCCGCCCGCCGCCCCGACGCCCCUGAUGUAGUCAGCGGCAACGGCCAUGAGCACGCGAUUGCAUACACGACGGGAUCGGGAGAGGUAUACGGGGCAAAAGCGACAAUAAACGUGUGGGACCCAUCGAUCGAAGUAGUGAACGAGUUCAGCCUAUCACAGAUUUGGGUUCUCUCCGGUUCAUUUGACGGUUCUGACCUCAACAGCAUUGAAGCCGGUUGGCAGGUUAGUCCGGAGCUGUAUGGUGACAGCCGGCCCAGAUUAUUUACUUAUUGGACGAGCGAUGCGUACCAAGCGACUGGAUGCUACAAUCUCUUAUGCUCCGGAUUCAUUCAGACGAACAGUCGAAUAGCAAUCGGAGCCGCCAUUUCGCCGGUCUCGUCGACCGGAGGAAGUCAAUAUGACGUCACCAUACUCAUAUGGAAGGAUCCAAAAUUGGGAAAUUGGUGGAUGGGCUUCGGCGACAGCACAUUAGUGGGCUAUUGGCCCACCGAGCUUUUCACCCACUUAGCCGAUCGAGCCACCAUGGUCGAGUGGGGGGGCGAAAUCGUAAAUUCACGAGCCAACGGCGAACACACGUCGACUCAAAUGGGCUCGGGCCAUUUUGCGGAAGACGGGUUUUCCAAAGCGAGCUAUUUUCGGAACCUCGAAAUUGUCGAUUCGGACAAUAGUCUAAGCUCGGCCCGAGACAUAUCGACAUUGGCUGAAAACACAAAUUGUUACAACAUCAAGAACUCCUAUAACAAUGAAUGGGGUACACAUUUUUACUAUGGCGGGCCUGGAAAAAGCCCGCAGUGCACUUGAUUGAUACCGAAAAAGCCCGAAUGGUGAAAAUUCUUUGGUUUUUAUUUUAGUUAAUUAAGAGUGUAGGAGUGUGCUAUUUCCAGCCAUGUUUUCUGCUAUUUUUCCACUUUGUUUUCAGUUUUUGUUUUUAAAUAUAUAUAUAUAUAAGCAUCAAACAGGUAAGGAAAUAGCUACAUUGUAUUUUGGGAAAAAAGGAAGUAAUUAUUAGUAGUAGAAUAUGUGUAAUUCUGUAUUUUUAUUUCCAGAAAAAUCGAAAAUUCUGAAAUUUCAAUGCAAUUUUUUUUCUUUCUCUUUU